AUGGGAAACGCUGCAACACGAUCUCCAAGCCCACUAGCCCUUAAUGACACUGACCCACUCAUGACAACUGUCAAUGUCAAUUGGCAUCAUUGCCAAUCUCAGACGCAAUCCCCAACUUCACACCAGAGUCUUGGUCCAGCUCCAGGUCCUAGCACAAGUCCAAGCCGACACCCCGGACACAUCCAAUGCCUUCUCAAUAGAAUGCCAUCUCCUACCGAUGACGAGACGCCAUUCCCCUCGUUAGACCGGUCUACCCUCCAUGGGUUUGGCCGUUCGCAUCUUUCCCCUGACGAUGCCUUCGUUUCGCCUCCUCGAGGCCCACGAGGCCGCAGCAGAAGACGUAAACGUCCAUGGAAGAAGCUGAUGUGGGUGAAGCAGUCGUAUCCUGAUAAUUAUACCGACCAAGCGACCUUUCUCGAAAAUCUACAGCGCAACCCUCGCCUCAAGCCGUACGACUUUUGGCCCCUCGUCGCCGAUUCUACCGUCAUACUGCAGCACCAUCCGUCGUCCAACUCCGCUCCGGAUCGAAUCGGCACCAUCCACCGCCGCGCCAUCUGCUACUCCUUCGGCGGCGAGUUCGACGACCAACCUACAUGCGCCAACUACGAUGCAUCGAGCGAAGUCAGCCUCGAAUACGUCCUUGUUCGGUGGUGUCACUCACACCCCACGAGCUAG